CAAUUUAGUUCUCCAUUUAUUAUUUACCUCUCCGAACAGUAUACACAUACACACAUAACAGGGAUGCCUAGACUUGUGGUCGAAUACGCCAAGUCUGGAAGAUCCACUUGCUCCGCAUCUGGAUGUGGUUUGAAGAUCGCGAAGCAUGAAAUUCGCAUCGGAAGUGUGAGUAACAAUCCAUUCGAUGAAAACGCCGGUGAAAUCAUUAAAUGGCGACAUCUCUGCUGCUUUUCGGAUGUGCAAUUAAAAAACGCAGAGCAGUCAGGUGCUAUUGAGCAGAUUGAGGGUUUUGAAAGCCUCUCUAGCGCUGACAAGGAUCUGAUUGUCAAGUUUCAAAAGGGCGAAUUGAAAGGUAAAACCGAACUUAUCGGUCGUUUGGGUGACGUUGCGAACUCACCCCUUGCUGAAGCACUUGGAGCAGGAAAACGCGCUGCUCGAAAGAGGGCUUCCGAAAAAACACCCAAGGGUUCGACAUCUCCCAAAAAAGCACCAAAAAAGGAGUCGAAGGAAAAAGAAACACCUCAAAAAAGGGAGGCUUCUGUUGAUUCUGAUGCGACCGAAUAGAGGUAACCUUUAGGGCAUGUUUGCCCGUGAACACGCACGGCAACAUGCCUUAUUAAUCCUAAUUUUCUUUUGCAAAGGGAUCAUUUGCAGGGAAGUUGAAAAAGGUGUUCUAGGACUAAAAAAAUUAUGCGAUAAAAAGGCAGCGAUCAGCGUUGUUGGAA